UUAUUGUGUGAAUAAAUUGUAUUGAACAAAUAGUUAAAUAACUGCAUAUAGUUAUAUAAAAUCGUAUGUUAAAUAGAUAUAAAUAUUUUAAAUAUAGAAAAAAGUUUUAAUUUUAGAAAAGUUUAAAGUGUAACAACUAAAGAGAAAAAUAAUGUACUUAAGUUUAUGAACCUUAAAUAUAAAUGCCUAAAAAAUUAUAACUUUGCUGCAGUAUAUUUUGCGGAACCGGAGAAUCUCUAUCUGCCCAUAUCCACUAUAACCACGCAUUAAGAGAAUAUGACUCUUUACUUUACCUAAAGCUAGUUGCCAUUGUAGAGGCACAAUGGAGAAACACCGCGACCGUCGCACCGGUUAUCUAAUUCAUUUCAUCGAAGAAAAGUUCACUAUAAUCUAACAGCGUAUAGAUUAAGUUAAAAUAUUACCUUAUUCAUUCUAUAAACAAUUUCACCUACAAAAUUUAUUGCAAAAACUGAACGAGGCUGGGGACUAUAUUUUAGUGUAUCAGACAGUUGGCCAACUAUAACCAAGCCAGCUUGAGAAGUUAUCAAGUGACAAGUACUUAAUAUAUGUAUGUGAAUCUCUUCAAAUGUAUGGUUAAAAUGAUUGUCGCCUUUAGUUGAUAAAUUACAAAACGGGCAAUGUGACAUUUCACAUUCAACUCUUGACGUAAAUGGUCGUCAAACGGCUGCAUUCACUUUGGCUCAAAGAAUCAACCGGUGCACGCUGUCGCUCGUCACACAAUUUUUACGCGUAUUUUAAGAAGUGAAUGCCGACAAUCUUCUGAUUGUCACAUAUCCACCACAAGUAAUUAUGAAAGAAUGGUUCAGAAUAUCAUGCUUAUUAUGCAUUUGCGGCUUCGUACACGAAAUUCGUCCUUCAGAAUCAUACGUAACGGAAUAUUUGCUGAGCAGCAGACCAAAUAUAACACAGGAUGAGCUCAGCCGUAAAGUGUACCCGGUGGCGACGUAUUCUUAUCUGGCUACACUUGUGCUAAUGUUUAUAGUCACUGAUUUUCUGAGGUACAAACCCUUGAUUAUUAUGAUGGGUGCUUGCGGUACAAUAGUGUCAGCUAUGUUGAUCUGGACCACUUCACUAACUGCUUUGCAAAUAAUUGAAUUUUUGUACGGUCUUUACAUGGCCUCCGAAGUGGCAUAUUACACAUACAUCUACGCUAAAGUGGAUAAGGAAUACUAUCCUAAGGUCAGUGCUCAUACACGUGCGGCCAUGUUUCUGGGUAAACUAGUGGCAGGCUUUUCGGCACAGCUGUUCGUCAAUUUGAAGCUUAUGGAUUACAAAUCGUUAAAUUACAUAACAUUAAGCACACAAAUCUUUGGGACCUUGUGGGCCUUCGUUUUACCAAAUGUGGAUAGAAGUUUAUAUUUCCAUCGGAAGAAUUAUUUUGAUAGUAUAGAACCAACGGCAGGUGUUAACUCAUCAUCUACGGAAUUGCAAGAUGCUAAAUCAAUUAGCAGUCAGAAUAGAGAAAAUAUAAUACCGUUGGCACCUUUUAAGUUGCUCUGGUCACAUUUCUAUAAUGCCUACAGCAAUUUGAAGGUGGUACAAUGGAGUAUUUGGUAUGCGGUCAGUUUGUGUGGUUAUUUGCAAAUCCUUACAUAUAUACAAGUAUUAUGGAUUGAAAUUGAGCCGAAUAAAGAGAUUGCUUGGAAUGGUGCAGUGGAUGCCAUAUUAACAUUAUUAGCGGCGCUAAUGGCUUUGGCAGCUGGUUACAUACAUGCUGGACGAUUGAAGCCACUACAAAGUUUAUUGGUUUUGUCCACUUUUGCCGCUAUGGAGGGUGGCGCAGUUUUACUUUGCUGCUGGACGUCGAACAUUUACGUCUCUUACGCUGCCUAUAUACUGUAUGGAGCGCUUUAUGCCUUUAGCAUAACUGUAGCGAGCGCUGAAGUGGCACGUUAUCUCGAAGAGGAAAGUUUUGGCUUGGUGUUCGGUGUAAACACUUUUAUUGCGCUUGCAUUUCAAACGCUAUUAACAAUAAUUGUUGUUUCAAACUCUGGCAUAUCUUUGGACACGCGUGGCCAGUAUACUGUGUACGCAUUUUACUAUAUCGUGGCUAGCGGUAUUUACUUUAUCUCUGUGGCUGUGGAGUAUUUUAUCAAUAGACGUACAAAAAAUCGCACAAAUUUAGCUGAAUAAUUUUUUUGUGAUAUUUAUUAAAAAAAAUGUUAACUAAUAUAGUUAGUGAAUCGUAGAUCUAAAGUGAUAGUUUAAACAUUUUAAAACUUUGUUUCGAUUUUUUUAAGUAUUUAAAAUAUAUGUAUGUAUAUUGUUUGCAAAACGAA